AUGGAGAUCAAUUCAUUAAGCCAUCUCGAGGGUUUCAAGCCAUCAUUCCCCACUGGGAAUGAUGGGGAUGGGGAUCGCCUUUACCAAGAGUUGUUCCUGCAAAUCAAAGGACGAGAGAAUAUAGGCUAUGAAUAUGUUUUGAGGACAACCACUCUGCUGGACUUGUCAUCCAACUCCUUGAGUGGAGAGGUUCCACCAAACCUUGGGGAUUUAAGCGGCCUUCGAUUUCUCAACUUGUCACACAACAACAUCUCUAGUAGGCUUCCCAGAACACUUGGCAAGCUCAAAUUGCUGGAGCAACUGGACAUGUCAGACAAUCACUUGUAUGGAGAGAUUCCAGUGGAGCUUGAAGAGCUGAACACUUUGUCAUCUCUUAACCUGUCAUCUAACACACUUAGUGGACGCAUUCCUACGGGUGGUCAGUUCAACACAUUCGUCAACUCAAGCUAUGCUGGGAAUCCAAACUUGUGUGGAAGGCCGCUGAGCAAAGCAUGCUCUCAACAAAGAGUUGUCAAUCCUGAGGAUGAUGCGGAUUGCCAAGAAGCAAGAUCUGGAUGGUGGGACGAGAAUGUGGAUCCAAUUGCAUUUGGAGUUGGCUGCUCCAUUAGCUUCUUUUAUUCCAAGCUACUUGUGAUCGAUGAACGCGGCCGCCUAUGCCCGGCUCAUCAAAUCCUACACCGUCUCUCGCGAUCUCGUCCAGGGCAAGUGCGUCCACGCCCAGAUCCUCCACUCCCAUCUCGCCACCAACACCUUUCUCACCAAUCUCAUCGUCGAGAUGUGGUCGUCUGCAUGACAGGCGGAAAUACUCACCACUAUACUGUAAUCUUGAUUAUCAAGGUUAAAACUAAUCUAGAAUGUUUAUCUGAUAACAUGUUUGUAGUCUGUCUCCUUUGCAAUGAGCCUCUUACUAGUGUGCUCUAUCAUUUGGAUCCCUUGAUCUCUUUUGCAAUGAAUCCUUUGCUCCUGGCACUCACAGCAACAAAAGAGGCAAUGAAUGACAAGCAGGCAAUGGAUGAGCAUGAGCUUUUGCUUCGUUUGCAGUCGUGUAGGGAUCUACGGGCAGCCGAGGAGUUUCCUCCAACAACAACACUGGUCAUGUUCAAGAGCUCAAUUUCUCUGGCUGGAUGCUUAGGGGAAACUUUAACUCCCUCUUCUUUGGGCUUACUCAUCUCACUACCAUCUACCUCUCUGCUAAUGCUAUUCAAGGAGAAAUUCCUUAGUAAGUUACACAAUUUGACAUCUUUGAAUCUCCAAAGCAACAAUUUAUCCAGCAACAUUCCAAUUGAAAUGGGAAAGCUCUUGAAGCUUAAGUACAUGAAACUAAGAGAUAAUUUUCUCAGUGGGAACAUUAGAAAAGAGUUUGGAUGCUUGAAAGACCUUCAAGUUCUCAGCCUCCCCAACAAUUUCUUGACUGGCCCACUCCCAAAGGAGCUUGGUUCACUAGAACAAUUGCAGCUUCUUGCCCUUGGCAUGAAUAAUAUCACUGGAGAAAUUCCAACUGAGCUGGGAAUGCUGAAAAGGCUCGAAAUACUUGGCCUCGAUUACAACUCAUUGAACAGUACUAUACCCGAGUCUCUUGGCAACAGCUCAUCACUGGUACAAAUACAUGUUGGUCAAAACCCCCUUCUUCAUCCCAAAAUACCAACUUCUUUAGGCCAAUUGAAGAACCUUGAAUAUUUCUCUAUGUUUGAUGUUACAAGCGUUAGUGGGCAAAUACCUCCUGAGGUUGGCAACUGCACCAAACUCCAAUGGUUUGACAUCAAUGGAGACUUCUCCAUAGAACAACAUAUAAAUGGUCCAAUUCCCUUGUCACUUCUUCAAAUACCAUCACUGACAACACUGGGACUCUAUCAUCUCAAUCUUACACACUUGCAAUUGCCUAACGAAUUGUGGAAUAUGAGUCAACUUCAAUAUCUUAGCAUGGGUAACACUGGGUGUGAAGGGACACUUUCUUCACAAAUUGGUGACAUGACUAAUCUCACUUAUUUGAAUUUGGGGACAAACACUCAUAUCAAGGGAGUCAUACCGGAGGAGAUAGACAGAUGUGAGAGAUUGAUGCAUCUUUCUCUCGAUGGUAACAUGUUAAGUGGCCACAUCCCACAUUCGCUGGGAAAACUACACUACUUGAAGUACCUUAAACUGGGAAGCAAUGGAUUGAGCGGAGAGAUCCCUUCAUCUCUAGUGCAACUCUCCAACCUUGAGGCUUUACAGUUGGAGAAUAAUAUUUUUACUGGAAAGAUGCCUUUGUCUCUAGGACAACUCAAAAGCUUACAACUUUUAUAUCUAUUCAAUAACAAAUUCGUGGGAAGGAUGAAGGGCCUCCAAAAACUGGAUAUUUCAGCUAAGUCCUUCGAGGGGGAAAUGCUGGUUGAACUGGCAAAUUUCACUUCUUUGCAGCUUCUCGAAUUGUCAAAGAACAACUUGACGGGAGAAAUUCCAUGGGAGGCAUUUGAAACGUUGUGCAAGCACAACUUUCAAACCCUUGGAAUGGAAAGGAACAAGCUGGUUGGACAUAUUCCACGUGUACUGCUUGAGAACUGCACAAAGCUGGAGCGGGAAUAA